AUGCGUAGAAGUGGAGUCUGUUUCACCGAACUGGCUUGGCAGUUGAAGACCAACUGCGAGGUUCAUUCGGCCAUGAAGGUCAAUUGUGGGGCCUUUGGGUCGGCCCUUGGUCGUCUUGCUGAUGGAUUGAAGCUUCUCUGGAGGACUCGUGUGCGCAUUUGGCCUGGGACAUCCUUUAUACGAGACAUGGACUGCCACCGCGCAAGAAAGUACAUGUGCUCAGUGUAUGCUGGCUUCAUGAUUGACUCUGUGGCGGUUGAAGUCAACCAGCAGGCCCUGGCGGUCUAUGGCCUUAACUUCGGUCCGGACCACGUGGUCAAUCGUGAUAUUUGCAGUCUUACAUCAAGGUGGUUUGACCAACAGCAGUGUCGGAUUUGGACAAUGUCUCCGCCGUGCCAGCCUUAUACCAGGCAAGGCAAGAUCCGAGAUGCGGAGGACCCUCGAGCGAAGCCGCUGUUGCACAUCAUUUCCGUGCUGCGGGAGGUGACCACUCCGCCUGAGGCCAUUGUUCUAGAGAAUGUGCGAAACUUCGAGCAGUCAGACUCGUACUCGCAGCUCUGUGAUGCUCUUCGGACGCGUGGCUUUGGGUGGCGCAGCUUUCUGCUGAGUCCGCAGCAAUUCGGGUUUCCCAACGCACGGCUGCGAUUCUACAUGGUUGCCAAACGCAGGCCCCUUCUCUUCAGACGUGUUCCAGACAUGGCGACUGCGUCAGACUCGGGCGAGGGAUCACUCGAAGAGCCUUGGAGGCACCUACCGUGCAGUGCCGCGGAAACCGGUCACGAGGGCCAUCUGAUACCAUCGGAGACCCUUCGAAACACUUGCUCUGCUUGUGGGCAGCCUGCCCCUGCUGCACCAACUGGUCGGUGCUGCUAUGAAUUGCAGCCGGUGUCUGCUUUCCUUGAUGCAGACGAUGCCAGAUGGUUAGUGCCGGAGGGAACAAUGCAGAAGGAGUCUGCCCGCUGCUUUGAUGUGGUCCACCCUGGCUGUCGUCAUUCGUUGUGCUUUACGAAAGCCUAUGGAAGAUACGUGGACGGAACAGGGAGUGUCUUGUCUGCUGCCAGCAGAUUGGCAGAAUCCCAGUCGGAACCUGGCUCCUACACCAUGCAGCAAUUCUACGGCCUGCUGCGCUAUUUUGCGCCAGCAGAAGUCGCACGACUGUUGGGCUUCAAGCUUGAAGUUGGUGAUGCGUCAUGCAGCCCAGGCUGUUUGCCGCAAUGCCUAUCGCACCCGUGCAGCGUUGAAGCUGCCAAGGCAUGCCAGUGCUCCCGCUACCAGCUUCCCCUCGCAAAGCCGCGUGAACUUUGGGGACUCUUGGGGAACUCUUUAAAUCCACAGGUCGUGGCUUUGGUUUGCGAAGCCUGCGACCUUGCAGAUCUGCUUCCAUGCAGAGACGGAAAAGGAGCAUCAAGGACAUCAACACGACAUCAAUACAGCUGGGCAAUUGCUUUCUAUGCAGCAGUGAAAACGAAAGCGCUUCACAAGCCAUUUCUGCAGCUUGCCGCCAGGCCAUUAGGUUCUGGUUCAAAAAGUUGGUACAUCAUAUCAUAUCAUAUCCGUGCCUACGGCGUAGUCAUGCUGCCGUGCUGUCUAAGUACGGUAGACGGAUGUAGACGGUCAGUCUGUCCGUUUAGGGACAUGAGUCAUGAGUGA